AUGGCAUAUCCGCGUAGGCGUGGUACACUCAAUAAUGCAAUUGUUGUAACAUUUGUCAUUGAAGAAAAUGCUUCAAUUGGUUCAGAAGUUGGACGAAUUAAUUUAGAAAAUAGUCAUACUACUACUACUAAUAUUAAUAAUAAUAACAAUAUUAAUAAACAAAAUCAAUCAUACAAUCAUUUAACAUUCACACUACAAGAUACUACAUAUUUUAAUUUUGAUACAAUGAUUCCGAAUAAAUUAAUUGUUUGUAAACCAUUGGAUAGAGAUUUAGACAGGAAAUUAUGCAUGGAAAGUGGUUGGCCCGAGAUAUGCGCAUGGUCUAGCGUGAUAUUCGUGAAUGAUGGCCGUUUAUUAAGUUUACGUAUUGUGAUACGUGAUGUAAAUGAUAAUAUACCGAAAUGGCCAACAAAAGAUCAUGAUGAUGAUGAUGAUGAUACUCUCGAUACUAAUCAAACCGCAUCUGAUCAAUCAAUAUUGGAAGUAUGGAUUACUGAGAAUUCACCAAUCGGUUCAAUUAUCGAUCUACCAUUAGCUUAUGAUCCAGAUAUUGGUGAGAAUUCAAUUGUAAAAUAUGAAUUUGCUAAUAUAAAAAAUGAACAACAGAAUGCUAAUACUACUGAUCAACUUGACAGCAGAUUAUUUCAAAUUAUCAAUUUACCUAGUCCAAAUGGAUUAAUUUUUCAAUUAAUUAUUAAUGGAAUGUUAGAUCGUGAAACAGUAUCGAUGUAUCAAUUCACUGUAGCAGCUGUUGAUGGUGGUGGAAAUCGUGGCUAUGCAAAAUUAAUUAUACAUGUUGCUGAUGAAAAUGAUAAUCCGCCAAUUUUUGAAUUUUGCGCCAAUCAUCAUCAGAAUAAGAAGAAGCAGAAAAACAAUAUGAACAAAACAGAAUUGAUCAUUGGACAAUCAUCAUCAUCAUCAGCAUCAUCAUGUGAAAUCACUGCUAGUAUCGAUGAAGAUAUUCCAGUGGGUAGUGUAUUGCCAGUGCAUUCUAAGGCGAAUGAUGCAGAUGAAGGUGAAUUUGGUCAUGUGACUUAUCGAUUCGCUUUGUCAGCUCCUGAUGUAGCAAGAAGAGAUUUUAAAAUUGAUCAUGAAACUGGUGGAAUCAUAGUGCGAAUGCCGUUGGACUAUGAUACUGGCGGGUUGACUCAAUAUAUAUUUAGUAUUGUUGCUGAAGAUGCUGGUCAACCCCCGUUAUCUGCUACAAUACGUAUUAUCAUUAAUAUUCAGGAUAAAAAUGAUAAUUCUCCACAGAUUACAAUUACACCAUCAUUGAUAUUUUAUCGUCAAAAUCAAACAACCGCCACAACCACCACAACAACUAAUCUAAUCGAUUCAACGAAAUCCACUUCAUUACGUUUGAUUGAAAACACACCAGCUGGGGCGCUGAUCGCCACAAUCACAGUGUAUGAUUCAGAUUCAGAUGAGAAUGGUAAAUUCACAUGUGUAUUAGGUCAAACUGAUGAAUUGAAUUUGAUUUAUUUAAGAAAUUUAGGUAAAAUUAGUGUUUAUCAAUUAAGUUCAUUACGAUCAAUUGAUCGUGAAUUACAACCGGAAUUACGUGUUAGUCUGCAAUGUGAAGAUCAUGGAUUAUUGAUUAAACAAAAAACAAUUGAAUUAUUAACUAUUUAUAUAUUGGAUAUAAAUGAUAAUUCACCAAAAUAUACAAAUAAACGAUAUAGUUUUCAAGUAUCUGAAACAAAUGAUAUUGGUUUAUUAAUUGGUGAACUGACAGCAAUGGAUCCUGAUUUAGGAUUAAAUGGUCAAUUGAAUUAUUCUAUUCAUUGGCCUUCAGGUCAAGGACCAAAUCCAUUUGAAAUUAAUGAAAAAGGUCAACUCAUUACUCGUAUGCCAUUGGAUAGAGAAAAUCAACCUGAAGGUUAUCAUUUUAUUGUGAAUGCAUUAGAUAAUGGUGAACCACGUUUAUCUGGAUCAACACAUGUAGAAAUUGCUUUAAUCGAUAUUAAUGAUUGUCGUCCAGCAUUUACACAAAUUCAUUAUCAUUUUUCAUUGGAUGAAGAAUUAGAAAUGACCAAUAAAAAUCAUAAUUCUACAACUCAACAAUCAUAUGUGAUUGGACAAGUGAAAGCAAUGGAUUGUGAUAUUGGAUUGAAUGGUCAAUUAAAUUAUUCACUUGAUCAUACAAUGAGUCAUCCAUUUGAAAUAACAGAAGAUGGUUACGUGACAACAUCAAAAAGUAUUGAUCGUGAAACAUAUCCAGCAUUUUUACUUCAAGUUUUAGCUAUUGACAAUCCAUCGAAACCGGAAAAACAACUUACAGCUACAGCACAAAUUCAUAUAACCAUUUUAGAUAUAAAUGAUAAUGAACCGAUAUUUCAAAGACCACCAUUUGAUAAUGGAACGAAUGAGGUAGAAAUAUCAUACCAUGAUAUCCCUGGUCAUUUAAUAGAAAAAAUUGAAGCCAACGAUAAAGAUAUUGGUUCUAAUGGUAAAAUUACCUAUUCACUUAUUGAUCAAAAUCAAUCAAUCAAUUCAUUCUUUACUAUAAGAGAAAAUACUGGAGAAAUAUUUUUACAAAAAGACUUGACCAUUAAAGAAAUGGGAACUAUUCCACUUAUAAUUUCAGCAACAGAUAUGGGUUUAAUGCCUAAAACUACAACAACCACUAUCAUAAUAAAAAUUUCGGAUAAACCAACAAAUGUUUUUCGUUUUAAUGUAUACAAUCAAUAUAGUCAGAAUGUUUCUUCCACAUCAUCAUUAUUGAGUCAUUUCAAUAUGGAUGCUAAUAAAUUUAUUAUUAUUUGUAUAAUAUUGAUUACUUUUAUUAUAUGUACAGUACUUAUUUCUGUGAUAUUUGUGAUAUCACGUCAUGGUAGUAGUAGUACUAGUAGUAGUAAUUGUAAUAUUUUCAAUAAAAAAUCCACUACAAUAACAAAACCAUUGUCAACCACCACCAACACACCUACUACUACUAAUACUACUACUUAUAUUACUACUACUACUACAUACAAUGAUCAUAUAAAAAAUGGUUAUCAUUCAAGUUUGCUAGAAAAAUCUUCACAUGAUUUACAAACUUCUGGUGGAUCAAUUCUGUGUAAAUCAAUCAAUUAUCCAUUUGAUUGCAGAGAUAUAAAUUUAUUUGAACAGAAUGAUACUACUGAUAAUACUACUAAUCACUUGCCAUUAUUUUAUGAACAACCAAUCACAUCAAUAACAAUGCCAUCAUAUACAUUUCAUGAUAUGGAUACAAGAUUUUAUGAUCGAUUUGUGACGGAGAAUGAUGAAUUGUUCAAUGGCUUUCAUAGUCCUCCAGAAACUACUAUUCCAAUUCAAACAUCGUCAAUGAAUUUAACUGGAACUGAACACAUUGAACCUUUAAUUCAAAAUAACAAUAAUAAUGUACAGUCUUUCAAUCAAACAACAUUUUUUACCAAUACUAAUAGAAAAAUACCGAACAAUUAUUAUUCUACAAAUACUUAUAAUACUUAUAAAUUCAAUGAAACAUUACCUAUAUCACAUCCAAAUCGAUUAUUUGACCACAGAAAUGACAAUAAUAAUUCAAUAGAACAUUCUCGAUAUUCUGAUUCAAUUACCAAUAUGCCUACUAUCUAUUCAUAUAACAAUAAUAAUCAUCAUUAUAACACUAUGAAGAAUUUAAAGAAUCAUUUCACUGUAAACAUUUCACACAAUAAUGAUUCCACUAUACAAUAUCCUUUCACUGCAUCAAAUCAAUUUAAUUAUGAUCAUUUUUAA